AUGCAGCCCCUUAAUCCGGGGAGUGACCUUGUUAGAAACGCAGAAGAGAGGGAUCGCAAAUGGCUGUCCAAGACUAUCACAAAACAAUGUUUCGUGGGUUUCCUGAAGUCCAACUUGCUGAUGUUGCUUAUGUUGGUUGGAGUUCUUGUUGGGGUCGCCACUGGAUUAUGCCUGAAUUCUAUGGACUCCAAACUGACCCAACCAGAAAUCAUGUACCUUAGUUUUCCCGGGGAUCUUUUCCUACAGAGUAUGAAGAUGCUGUCAAUCCCGAUAGUGGUGUCAAGUCUCUUGUGUGCUACGGCCGAAAUCGACAUCCGCGCUUCAGGAAAGAUUGGUCUUCGGGCUCUGGCCUAUUACAUCUCUACCCUCUUGAUUGCGUCUGUCUUAGGGAUAAUUCUAGUAGUGACGAUCCGUCCGGGGGAUAGGACAAGUGGCCAACCCAACUUGGUCCCAGACAUCUCCUCCUCAUCCUCAAAUCCAGGCCUCGCCUUCAUGGAUCUCUUCAGGAACAUGGUCCCCGACAACCUUGUUGAACUUUGCUUGAAAUCGAAGAAGACGAGAGAAGUGACAGGCGAUAGAAUCACGGCUAAAGGCAACUCAUCUUCCUUUUCGUCAGUUUUGAACGCCGUGAAAAACAUCAGUGACGAUGAUGCAAAGAAAGGAGGACAAAUAAAACUGAUCGUUGAAAAAGUUGAUGGUAUCAACAUGAUGGGCCUUGUUGUAGCCUCCAUACUGUUUGGCUGCGUCGCUUCCGCUUCUGGAAACGAAGCCAAGCCUUUUUUAGACUUCUUUAUGGCUCUGCGAGUUGUCAGUUUCAAGCUCGUGGCAAUUUUCAUCUGGUACUCGCCUGUUGGAAUCGCCUUUCUGAUUGCAUCCAAGUUAGCGGAGAUGGACGACCCAACAAAAACCUUCAAAGAAUUGGCCAUUUUUACUGUGACUCUGCUAGUCGGUUUAUUUGCUCACGGCUUUAUUGUUUUGUCUCUGCUAUACCUGGUUUUCCUACGCAAAAAUCCUCUCAAGUUCUUAGUUGGUAUGGUACCAGCUAUGCUCUUCGCUUUUGGAUCAGACAGUAGUAGUGCCACUCUGCCAGUCACGAUUAAGUGUCUAGAGGAAAAGAAUAGGGUAGACCCGCGAGUGACCAAACUGAUAGCGUCUGUAGGGGCCACUGUCAAUAUGGACGGCACCUGUCUCUAUUUCACCAUGAUGACCAUCUUUACAGCUCAGCUUAACGGAGUUCCACUGUCGGCUGGGCAGCUGGUCACUAUAAGUAUCCUGUCCCUGUCAAUCGCAAUGGGAGUGGCCGGAGUUCCGGGGACCGGAGUGAUAUACAUGAUCAUGAUCCUCACCUCCAUGGGGCUGCCUACGGACGACAUCAGCACUCUGCUCGCUGUCGACUGGUUCCUAGCGCGCUGCCGGACCUCCAUCAACGUAUUAGGGGAUGGAUUUGGAGCAGCUGUUAUUGAACAUUUCUCCCGACAUGAUCUGAGAAAAAUGGCGGAAAAGGAGAUAAUUGUGACGACGAACUCGGAAAAGGACCUGUAUGAGGGAGAAACAGAACAGAGGACAGCGCGCGUUUGA